CGACACAGAAACCGACACAAAGCCGGAAUAUUUCGACGCUCAGGAGACACGGCGUUGCAGCGGCCUCCAACCUGCAGGAGGCGCCAGAGGGCAGCGGUGGAAGGAGAAACCCGGAAGUUCUCAUCACAUGUAGGAAGUUUGAAUGUUUUGAUUAGCGUGUAAAAACCACAAAUCUAUAUUUUAUUCACGUUUUUUAAACUAUUUUGUGAGAGGUUCGCCUUGGAGUGAUGUGACAUUAUGCCGACUGCCAACACAAAGAAGCAGAAGAAAGGAAGAGACACCGCGGUGCAGGGAACCAACGACAGCAGCGUGGUGAGCAAGGUGUCGGCUGCAGCGCAGGGAUACUUCCAGGACGACUUCCUCCAGCACUUUGUGUGCAAAGCAGCCAGAAGAGCCCCGCUCAUCAACAGGGGUUACUACGUGCGCUGGAGGGCCGUGGACCACUGUGUGAGGACGUUUCUUCGGGUCACUGCAGAAUGUCCCAAAAGACAGGUUUUGUCUCUCGGUGCAGGAUUCGACUCCUUGUAUUUCCGUCUGCGUGCCGACGGAUCUUUAAACGGCGCCGUCGUGUUCGAGGUGGAUUUUCCCGACGUCGCACGCCGCAAGUCCGCCCUGAUCCUGUCCAACGAGACGCUGAGCGGGAUGUUAGACUCCCAUCUACCCCCCUCCCCUACAGGACCUGCGUGCGUGUGCAGCAGUCAGUACCGUCUGCUGGGGGUGGAUGUCCGGGAGGAGUCGCAGGUGGAGCAGGCGCUGGGAGCAGCCGGGCUGGACUGGGCCGCUCCGACCCUGAUCCUGUCGGAGGUGGUUCUCACCUACAUGGAGACGCGAUGGUCCGACGCCGUGAUCAGCUGGGCGGCCAGGCUCCUCCCCCAGUCGCUGCUGGUCGUGUACGAGCAGAUCCGCCCGGACGACGCCUUCGGCCGCGUCAUGCUGCAGCAUUUCCACAAGCUCAACUCCCGUCUGCACGCUCUGCGGCAGUAUCCGGACACGGCGGCGCAGAGACGCCGCUUCCUGGACAAGGUGGACACACGCACACACACCAUGCAGCCUCAGACAGGAGUGUGUUUCAGGGCUGGGAGCAGUGUGUGUGUGCUGUUUCAGGGCUGGGAGCAGUGUGUGUGUGUGGACAUGAACCACUUCUUCCUCGGGCUGGUUUCUGAGGAGGAGCGGGGUCGAGUGGAGAGCCUGGAGCCGUUCGAUGAACACGAGGAGUGGCACCAGAAAUGCUCGCACUACUUCAUCCUCACUGCGUGUCGAGGCGCCCUGACGGCGGCGGCCUUACUGCCCCACCCAGCAGGGCCGAGCGUCAGCCCGUCCCCGAGCCCCCCCGCCCUGAGCGUGCGGCCUGUGCCUGCGGCUGUGGGGGGUCUGGAGGGUCUGGAGGGUCUGGAGGGUCUGGAGGGUCUGGCGAUGGCGUCCACCUCCCUGAGGCCGGGGCUGAUCCUGCUGACGGGGGGCUCCAGCAGAGGGGGCCGAGGAGCGGCCGGCAGGGUCCUCCUCCGGGCCCAGGGGGGCUGGAGGUCCGUCGGCGUGGAACCAGCAGCAGAUCUGGGAGUCCGGCUCCACCACACCGCCACCCGUCUGCCUGGAGGGGGCGCCCUGCUGCUCGGCGGCCGCUCCUCUCCGCUCAGGCCGGUCGCCGGCCUCUGCAGCGUGACCUUUGACCCUCGUCCUGAAGGCUCAGAGGUCAGGGAGGCGGUGAAGCUGUGUGUGGAGCCGACGGUCUGUUCGGGUGAAGCUCCGCCCCCCCGGUGGAGACACUCCGCCGCCGUCGUCUCAAGUGAAGGAAGAGACUUCCUGUUUGUGUUUGGAGGGAAAAACCAGCGUGAGGCAGCUCUGGGAGAUUCCUGCUUCCUGGAUCUGGACCAGCGGCGGUGGACUCACCUGCCAGUAGAGGGCGCCGCUCCGGAGCCUCGCCACUCCCACUCCGCCUGUCCGUUCCGCGGGGGGGUGGUGCUGUUCGGGGGCCUGGGGAGACGAGGAGCCCCGCUGGGAGACGCCGCCCUGCUGAGGCCCGCCGGGUCUGGGAGGGGCUUCUGCUGGGAGGCGCUGGACGUGCGGCCGCCUCCGGUGCCCCGAUACUCUCACCGUGCACACGUGAUGGGUGACAAGCUGGUCGUGGUGGGCGGAGUCUGGCUGCAUGCGGACGGCGUGCCGGGUGUUGCAGUGAUCGACAUGGCCACAGGGGGCAGUGUGGAGUUCAGCCUGGACACGACCUCGGUGCCCUGGCCUCUGAUGCUCCACUCCUUCUGCUCGGAGACGACGGACUCGGAGUCGGAGCUGCUCCUGAUCGGAGGCGGAGGAAACUGCUUCUCCUUCGGGACUCAUCUGAACCCUCAGCCGGUCUGCCUGGACCUCAGACCUGCUCUGAUCUGAACCAGAACCAGAACUAGAACCAGAACUGCACAGACACUUCAACUUUUCCAAAGUUUGACAGACACGAUGUUUGACUUUACGCCGAUGACACUGUGCUGUGCACACAUUCAUCUCUUUCAGCGGAAUUAACACAAUAAAACACA